AUGGACUAAAAGUGUAGGAGAGUGAAGUCACAAAUAUGGAUGAUGACUUCAAUUUGAUUCAACCAUCGCUGAUCCAACAGUUGAGAACCAUUCUAGAUCAGUAUCCAGAUGAUGGACAGAUAUUGAAGGAACUCAUUCAAAAUGCGGAAGAUGCAAAUGCCAGACGCGUAAAGUUUUUGCAUGACAAAAACAGUUAUGGAACUGAACAUCUAUUUGAUGAGGAGCUCGCACAAUUUCAGGGUCCAGCACUCUUCUCCUACAACGACGCAAAAUUUAGGAAAGAAGACUGGACAGGAAUACGACUUGUCAGCGAUAGCAUUAAAGUGGAAGACCCCAUGAAAGUUGGUCGAUUCGGCUUGGGUUUUAAGUCUGUACUGCAUAUGACAGAUCUACCAAGUGUGCUUAGCGCUGAAAAAAUUGGAUUUAUUGACCCUCAUGGAAUUUACUUUUCUGAUAAACGGAACAGAAGAACCGGUAAAUGUUGGAGACUUGAUGAAGACUGUGCGGAGUUGGAAAAAAUACCCGAUCAGUUCCUUCCUUUCAAAGGAAUCUUGGACUGUAACGAAGAAGUGUUUGCCAACGGUUAUUAUGAUGGCACCCUGUUCCGUUUCCCUCUAAGGACCACACCUUCCGAUCUAUCGAAUACACUGUACACCGAGGAGAAAAUGGACACUUUGUUUGAAAGUUUUGAAGCCGAUGCUCACUUGGUUCUUCUCUUUCUUCAACACUUAGAAUCAAUUGAACUCUAUGUUCGAGAAGAGUCACAGGCUAGUCCCAGAAGAACAUUUCAGGUUAGAGUAGCCGACAAAGACUUGGAAUUAGUUCGCUCUAGGAGGAAGGAGUUCCUUGGGAAGAUCAGGCCCGGGAAAUUGAUGCCUCACUCUGUUGCAGUGACGUAUCCAAUUACCAUAGAGACAAUCAAGUCCGGUACAUCUCAUGAAACAGACCUUCUGCAGCAGUACUCCUUUCUUGUCACCAACUACUUUUGUGGGGGAGAAGUUUCAUUGAACUUCAAACAGUUGAUGACAGAUAAAGCGCUAAACUAUCUACCCAUAGUGGGUGUUGCCAUGCCAUUGCCUAAUGGUCCUGAAAUGCAGACGCCAAAUAUCAAAGGCCACGUGUUCUGUUUCCUGCCAUUACCAGUUCCGAUGAGGAGCCUGACAGGUCUGCCAGUGCACAUAAAUGGGUUCUUCGCUUUAAGCCAAAAUAGGCGAUAUAUCAAGUCUCCAAAUGCAGAUCAAGAAGAGCGAGAAAGUAUGGGUUGGCGGCAACUGACUGACAAGUCACUGUUGUGGAAUAAGUGUCUCCUGGAGGAAGCCACACCAAGGGCAUAUGCGACCCUAAUUUUGCAAGCUACAAAAUGGGUCUCGUGUUUUCUACCAAGAACAUCAAUUUACAAGGCGUGGCCAAAUAUUACCUGCAUUGACCAGAAGUGGACGAAGCUCAUCAAUCCUCUUUUUAGUAUACUUUUACAGCACAAUGUUGUUUCCACCGAUGCAGAUUCUCGACGCUGGAUUACAGUGGAAGAAGCAAUUUUUGAUCUACUUGAUCAAAAUGAAACCAGGGAAGUAGUUCUUCGAGUGUUGCUGUCAGCUAACGUGCCCGUUGUCACUGUACCAAAACACGUCAUCAAGGCUAUUACUAACUAUACCUCUGUCAAGGAAAUCAAACCCAGCCUCGUGAGAUCGACCAUGAAGAAAAUUCCGUCAUUUUACAAGAAACUUAAUAGGCACGAAAAACUUUUGCUCCUUAAUUUUUGUCUUAAAGAUGGCAAAUUUGACUCGCUCUGUGAUUUGGAGCUUUUGCCAAUUUCCGAUGGGAACUUCAUCAAAUUCAACAACCAAUCGGAACCCGUGUAUAUCUGCUCUAGGGAACAUCCCCGAGAACUUUUCCCAGGGCUAGAACAUCGUUUUUUGGAUGAAACGAUCGGCGAGGCAAUCACUCAGAGGCUUGAAUCCGCAGGAAAGCAAGGAUCCACACAGCUGAGGAUACUCCGUAAAGACGAUGUGAAAUCACUACUUCCACGAGCACUGCCGUUCGAGUGGAGCGAGGGGAACACCGUCCUGUGGUACCCUGAAGAUCGAAACCAUAGUCAUCCACCCAAAGGGUGGAUCAGGGUCGUGUGGAGAUAUCUGCAAAACUGUUUUGCCGAUGCAGGCGAUAUUCUUAGUCUCGGUAAACUACCGCUGCUUCCGCUAAACAUGUCAAAGACACCAGUCACCAUGGCGCGACUUUGUGAACCUUCCAGAGUAGUAGUCAAGCACUUUUAUGGUCAUUACCUAGACGAUGAUGUAUCAGAUAUCCUCGUCAAGCUUGGUGUGCUUAUCAUGACCGAUUAUCCCUCGUUUAUUGGCCACCACCCAGCUGUUUUAGGAAGGUUUGUACAUCCACCAUCCGUUCAAGGUGUUUUGAAAGCAAUGGUGGUUUCCUCAAGUAUGAUGACUAACGGAAAACUUUUCGAAAUUGUACGUAUAGUACUUUCUACUAAGGAAAAACAACUCCUGAGAUCAUUCUUAGUCAAUAUCAAAUGCAAGCAGUUGUAUCAAGUGGAGUAUGAUGUUCUGUGCUCUCUACCAGUUUUUGAGACUUUGGCGAAGAAAUUCGUGUCAGCAAAGGAAGGUCUGCGUGCUGCACCCCCUGAGCCUCUUCCAAUUACACUGAGAGGAGACCUCGUUGAUGUUUCUCUAGACGAUUCAAUGGCGUUGGCACGUCUCCUUGGAGUUAAGAUUCUAACGCCCGUCGAACUGCUAUGUCAGGUUGUAUUUCCAGACAUCAAGCGAGGAUGCUACUCGGAAGAGCAAAUUGACAAGCUGAUGGAGCAUGUGUUGGAUCGUUAUGCAAGUGCUUUUCGCAAGAAUGCUUGUUUCAAGAGGAAUUUGCAGGAAUUGGCUUUCGUUUCCAGACAGAAAGGACGAGCAAGGCCUUGUGAGCUAUUUGACCCUAGAAACGUCAUUAUCAAGAAUCUGUUCGUCCAUGAGGAUGUUUUUCCUUCCUCCACAUACGGUAGCCCUUCAGUACUUGUGAUUCUUGAAGAGCUGGGAAUGAAAGGCGAGGAUGACGUCACCGCGACCGACCUCUAUCAAAGUGCUAAGAUGAUAAGUAAGUUUCCCAACCUUCCGUCGUUGAAGGAGAAAUCUAAAAUAAUCGUGCGCUUUCUCAACGAGGAUCCUCAAAAGAUGCUGGACCUGGUUAGUGGACAACAAUUGUGGAUUUUGUUAAGAACUAUUCCUUGGGUUUCAAGACAAGAACAGCGACCCUAUGGUUACCCUCCCAGCCUUCCAUAUUGGAAAACAGAAGAAGAAGAAAAUAGAAGAUUUUUCAAGCCUGUUGAAUUAAAGAGUCACCAGUUUGCAAACCUAAUUGGAACUGUAAUGCCUGUUGUUGACGUGGAUAAAACCGAAACAAUCAGUCAGUUUUUCGGCUGGCAAGAUGAACCCCGUGUAAACCAAGUAGUCCAGCAUUUAGAAACUGCGGUGAGGUGCUACUCACAAGUGCAGAAACCGUACUACAUUGUUAUGCUGGCCGAAAUAUACAGGUUUCUUGGUGAGUACCACCAUGAUGUGGACGAGGAAUUUGAGGCCAUCAACGUCUUUCCUUGGGUAUGGAAUGGAGAUGGAUUUUCUUUACCAAGUCACUUACUCGUUACAAGGCCAUCGAUUGAUCUCGCACCUUACAUACGUUGUCUUCCUGUGGACUUCAGGCAGCACUGUCGUCUUUUUGAGUACUUUGGUAUGCAGAGGGAAUGCGAUCCAUCUGUUCUGGUAAAGGUUCUAAGGAUGAUCAAAGUGAAACACGACAGCGGAAGUGUCAUGAGCCCUUCAGAAGUGAAACACGAUCUUCAGUUAUCUGUCAAUAUCCUGAACGAGUUGGCGAGUGGAGAGUUAUCGGAGGCGCUUCAAGGAGACAUCCUGAUCCCAACUUAUCAAGAAGACAACUCCUAUGUCAGACUUCAGCCCGUAGACAGUUGCAUGUAUGGAGAACAAAAUGACGACGAAGAAAUCGACUACUUUUACGUACACCCAAAUGUCCCAAAUGUAACCGCUGAGCGUCUUGGCGUGCCAAGUAUAACAAACCGACUGCUUGAUGCUGAUGAGCUGGCAAUUGGAGAAGAGUUUGGACAAGGAGAAAAACUUACCACCCGACUUAAUCGCCUUCUCGAAGAGUACACGGAUGGCUUUUCAGUUCUGAAAGAGCUAAUUCAAAACGCCGACGAUGCUGGCGCCACAGAAGUCAAAUUUCUGUAUGACGAGAGAAAGAAUAAGGAAGCAAUGACUUGUCUGAUUGACGAGGGAAUGAGGGGUUGCCAAGGCCCCUCGUUGUGGGUUUACAAUGAUGCAACAUUUAAGGAGGAAGACUUUGAGAACAUUACAAAAUUGAACGAAGCAACGAAACAGCAUGACACAGAAAAGAUUGGCAGGUUUGGAUUGGGCUUCAAUGCGGUAUACAAUUUAACAGAUGUUCCUAUGUUCAUAAGCAGAAAUAACUUUGUGAUUUUUGAUCCACAUACGUCGUAUCUCGGGAAGGCUCUAAAGAAAAAAACGAAGCCUGGAAUGAAGAUCAAUGUCAACAAGGAUGUGACGAAGCUUCGAAAAUUUAAAAACCAGUUCAAACCAUUCAAUGGUAUAUUUGGCUGUGAUUUAAAUCUUCAAAAAGAGGACAACUCGUUCAAUGGAACUCUGUUUCGAUUUCCGUUGAGAACAAGUGAGCAGGCUUUGAAAAGUGAGAUAAAGAAGCUGGUGUAUGACGACACACAAAUGCGAGAAUUACUGCUUAUGCUAAUUAAAGGAGCCGAAACCUUACUUCUCUUUACACAGAACGUCCUCCGUGUGAGCAUUUUUUCCUUGACCACACCCGAAGUUCAAGACGAAACAGUCAAAUUGAUGUUCAAGGUCACCAAAUCAUUGUCUCAGGAGGGAAUAGUAAGAGCCUUGUCCGUCCCUGUUUCCCUUCCUCCCACUGCAAACAUUUUGAGUUACGACGACCAGAAUUUUUUGAAGCAAUGCAGUUUCCUCCAAGCGUCAUCGCGAGUUAUUCGAGCAUUUAGGAAGGGACAGGUAAUCGAACUGACAAAGUCCUCUUUGAAGGUGAACGUCCACUGCGUCUUCACGGAAUGCGGUCUACGUUUCUUUAAACCUGAUGCAGCAACCAUUCAUCCCGAAUGUACAACCUGGCUCAUAGUCUCCUCCAUGGGAGAUGGACUUGCACUGAAGUUUGCUGAGAAUGAUUUUAGCCUUCUUCCAUCAGGAGGGGUGGCUGUUCAACUGGCUGUGAGCGGUGCCGACAAAUUUUUGCCUGUACCUGUUUUUAAGAACGAUGAUGGAAUUGAUGUCAAUGGGACUCUUUUCUGCUACCUUCCUCUUCCUAUUCAUAGUGGCCUUCCAGUACACAUAAAUGGAGCGUUUGCAUUAGCUGCGAACAGACGCCAUUUACAAGAAAAACUCGAAGGCGACAAAGAUUGUUAUGGGGUCUACUGGAACAAAGCGCUGAUAGUAGAUUCCAUUUGCUCAGCUUAUGUGUGCCUCCUUGAAGAUCUAAGGUCAAUUACUCCAACUGACGGAUCUUAUAGGUUCCAUUCUUUGUGGCCAAAAGCCGAUGAAGUAUUCCCAAACCUCCGAAACCUCACGCAGUCAUUUUACACGCAGAUAUCCACUGGAGAUCACGCUUUGUUUUCUGAUGGAGAGAACUGGUUUACUAUAAAUGAGGUGGUACUUCUUCAUCCAGUUCUUCGACACGAUCCUUCGAUUGGCGAUACUUCAUUCAAAGUUUUCCAGCUUUUAAUGAGCGAGCGCGCCGUGGUUAUUGAUCUCCCUUCGUCUAUCGUGAAUUCUUUCCAAAGGUGUGGAAGUGGGGAAGUGAUUAACUCAAAAAUCUACGACAAAAAUAGAUUUUUCCGUCAAGUCUUUUUCCCGAGUAUUUCCGCAGUUCCUUCAGAAAUGAGAGAUAUGCUUGUGUUGCAUGCAAUGGAUAACAACUGUGAUGAUUUGGUCAAAGCUCACUCCUGUAUUCCGGCAUCUCCACUUGGAAACUCUCUUGCACGUCCCUCUGAGCUCAUUCACCCAGGCAAAGAUGCUGCUCGCCUCUUCCUACCUGAAGAUGGCAGAUUUCCAUGUGGAAAUGCAGAAACCUUUCUGAAUCCUAGACGACUUGCAAAGCUUGAGCUUUUGGGAAUGGCAUCAGAUUACCUUCCUUGGCAGGAAAUGGCAGAAAGAGCGGAAAGUAUCCAUAGACUAAAUGCAGUAAACAGUGAAAUAGCAUUUAAAAGAGUGAAGGAAUUCUUAAGAUUUCUAGAGAGGAAGAUAAAGUACUUCGAUGAACCACUACCAGACUCUGUAAGAAAGCGAAUGUUGGAAGCUCGAUUUAUUCCCGUUCAAAGGAAACCAAAGAACUUUCCUCUCAAAUGGAAAAGCGAGGAGUACAAAAAUGAUGCGUUACUCGCCCCAAAAGAUGUCUUCGCAGAAGACGAAAAAUAUCUUUUGUGCUGCGCGGAACCCCUUAUCGGGGUGUUUGUCUCUCGAGAUGUCAAAGCGUUGCUGAAUCUUAACAAAAAGCACGCGAAUUUAGACCAUAUAGCAUGGCAAUUGAAACAGGCAUUGUCGUCCAACGUUGCGUCCUUAGAUUUGAGUGCCAUGGAAGAGAUAAAUACAGUAUGCAAAGCACUGUACUUACACCUACAGAACGCCAUUUCAAGGAAUGGUGCAGCCGUUAAGGAAUUGUUGAAAGACAAGAAGUUUAUCCUUUGCGGAAGAAAGUUCCUCUAUCCUGACCAGUUGGCUUUUCAAGUCAGCGAUGACUGUUCACCCUAUCUUUACCAGCUUCCGAAACAAUUAGCAGAAGACUUCCCUAAGCUAAUGAGAUUUGCCGGUGUAAGGGAACGUUUUGAAGAGAAAGAUUUUAUUUCAAGUCUACAUCAGAUGAGAGGGCAAUUUUCUGAGAACGAGUUAGACGAAGAAAACCUUAGAGUUGCGGUGCGUCUAGCAGAUCAACUGGGAGAAACAUUAAGAUCAAAUGAUGGUAAUCCUGCUCUGCUGGAAGAAAAAUGGGGAACCAUCUACCUUCCUGACUCAAGGGCAGUGAUGAAAGCAGUAUCCGAGCUUUGUUUCAAGGACUGCCCCUGGAUGCCUGACGAAGAAGGAGUGCACUUUGUUCAUGCCAAAAUUCCCUGGUCAAGUUGUGACUUACUUGGUGUUAAAACUCGUCGAGAAGAAGCCCUGCAAAAACACAUGGUCAGAAUUUCCUUCGGACAGAAAGAGAAACUUACAACUCGCCUGAAACGCAUUCUUCAGUGUUACCCCUGCGAAAAGGAAAUUUUAAAAGAACUUCUUCAAAAUGCAGACGACGCACAAGCAACCGAGAUUUGUUUCAUAAAGGACCCAAGGCACCAUCCAGAUGUGAAAGUGUUCGAAGAUUGUUGGAAACCUCUGCAGGGGCCCGCCUUGUGUGUGUAUAACAACAAGCCUUUCACUAACGACGAUCUUGAAGGCAUUCAGACUCUCGGUGAAGGUAGUAAGGGUGAGGAUCCGAACAAAACUGGCCAGUAUGGAGUAGGCUUUAACGCCGUUUAUCAUUUGACUGACGUUCCGUCUUUUGUGUCUCAGGGAGAAGAGAUUGGGGAUGUUCUGUGCGUAUUUGACCCACAUUGCAAGUAUCUUCCAGGUGCGACGCCUUUAGAACCAGGUGGAAGGUUCAACGAUACAGCUACCCUCAGGAAGAAAUUCCCUGAUAUAUUUCCUUGCUACUUGCCGGAUCACUUCAAGAUUGACAACGCAACUAUGUUCAGAUUCCCGCUAAGGAACAAAGAAAUGACUCGCGAUUCGAAAAUAAGUUCAAACUGUGUGUCCGUUAAAGAACUGGAUUUUAUGAUAGAGGGGCUUAAAAAAGAAUUGUUUGAGGUUCUGCUCUUUGUGAAGAACGUCAGAAAGAUAACUCUUUGUGAAGUUGACAAAGCAAGUGGAAAAUUGGCGAAUUCCUAUACAGUUGAAGCAGUAUUGUCAAAAGAAGAUGAAGCCAAAAGAAAAGCAUUUACCGACUGCAUCAAACAGAUUGGGAAAUCGGCAAAGGAGAAAGGGGGAAUCGACCCAAGGAAGAUACCGGUAAAAAAAGUGUCCUACGUCUUAGAUAUAACAGACACUCGUGGCAACGCAGAAAAGUGGCUAAUUGUGCAAAAGGUUGGUUUUGAAAAAGAUGUAGAAGAAAGUAUUCUCAACGCUUUUAGGAGGCAAGAGCUUGGCAUGCUUCCUCGCGGUGGCGUUGCAUGUCUCUUAGAGAGACAUUCUAGGUAUACUUCCCCAAGACAAAAGAAAGCAUAUUGUUUUCUUCCUCUUCCUCUUGAGACAAACCUUCCAGUUCACGUAAAUGGACAUUUUGCCUUGGACCACGAGGCAAGAAGAAGUUUGUGGAGGGAUGAAGGGGACCGUGGUGGAUAUCGAAGUGAUUGGAACAAUGCGCUGUUAACAGAUGUUGUCACAUCCUGUUACAUCUCGAUGUUGGUUGAAGUACGUAAGUUCCUUAAACUGCCCACCACGCAAGACGCAAGCCCCCAAACUGAAUGUGAGAUCAUCAGCAAACUAAACGUUUAUGAGUCAUAUUUCCCCAUCAAAAUUCCCUCCGACCAAUACUGGAAGACACUGGUUCAUUCAGUGUAUCAGGAAAUGAACAAGAUGGAAGCAAAGGUUCUACCAGUGGUAAAGAAGAGAUCCCUUAAUGGUGCAUCGAAAAUUACCGAAGAAAGCGCAACUGCUGAGAUAACCUGGCUUCCACCGACUGGAAUUGAGAAGCAUCAAGCAUUUUUUGACGAUCUUAAUGUAGAAGGACCCUUUGCAGCAUCACACGGAAGGAGUGAAGAAGCGUUCGAGAAUCUUGCAAGACUUCGAAAGCUGUUCAAGGACAUACUACUUGAAAGUGGCUUUAACCUGGUAGUUUCAACGUUAGCGUUGCAUAACUCGUUUCAGCGAGCUGGAGUUACGACAUGCUGUGUUUCGCCCCGUAAGGUCAUUGAUUUCUACAAAACGCUCAGCUCUGGUGACCGUUUGUGCUCGAUUGGACCAGUUCCUUGCGACGUCCAUAAAACAUCAUUAAAAAGUGUUCUUGGAGUAACUACUGUGUUACUGUAUUGCAGAAAUGACGAGAACUUUCUGGAAGCGUUACCUGGUCUUCCUCUCCUUCUUACACAAGACCAACAUCUUAAGUUGUUUUCAAAUGAAGAUCCCAAGUUUCUCUCACAAUACAAAGAUCUUCUACCCGGGUCUCCGCACAUAUUCCUCCAUGAUGAAGUUUACAAAAGAAUUUUUAAAGGUUUUGAUGACAAUCGUUUGUCUUGUCUAAGGCCUCUUGAUGCCACCUCAUUCGCUACCUACCUCCCUCACACGUUAUCACUGGAAACCUAUGGAAGCGGAAGGUUUAUUGAGUGGUCUCCCAAUCAGAGGGAAAUACCCAACCGCGGGUGGAUAUUCAAAGCGUGGAUUUUCCUUUCUGAGCUUGUAAAUGGUAUCAUGAAUGAUGCUAAAAAAGAUGGAGAACUCAAGACUCACCAGGUCCAAACGACACUCGAGCCUUUAAUGGACUGGAGCAUUCUUCCAGUAACCGAGACAAAAAAAGCAGAACGAAAGUCACUACUGGCUGUUUUCUUUCCUAUGGGCACAACUCCAACUACUAAACACUAUCUGCUCCCUCUAAGAAAAGCAGCAUUUGCUAUCGAUUUUACCACUGCGGAUUCCUCUAACGCUAAGCUUGUUGAUGUCUUGAGAAAGGUUGGUUUGCCUGAGCUUAACGUAAGUGUUUUCUCAUCUACCAGCGUACAUACCUCUCUGUCUUCAAAUUCAGUUAGCUUAGUGUGCAUGCUUGUAUCAUCUUUGAAGUUUCCCUCGUCAAUUCUCAUCUCACUUAACCAUAAGAUGGAAUCAGACGAGCAGUCACUGGAAGGAAAGUUGGAACCCCAGGAAUGUCUUACAGUCCUAGAAUACUUCAGCAGAAGUGAACGACUCUUGGGAGAUGACGACAGAGUGACGUUAAGAAGACUUCCCUUUUAUCUGGCAACGCACGGUGGCUUGAUAAGACUCAAUGAUCGUAAAGUGUACGUCCUACCAGUUGGAAUACCACGAAAUGGAAUUGACGUUCUCGAGAGUGAGCUUAACAUAGUGUUUCUAGAACAGCGAUCAAGUAUUUCUGAGCUGUUCAAAUUCCUUAAACUGCAUUGCUUUUCGGCUGUUGAUUUCUAUUGUACCUUCAUUCUACCCAAUUUCUCAAUCUUCUGCAAAGGGGAACGAGAGUCUCACCUGACAUACAUCCGCAAAACGAUUUUGGAAUAUGCUGAGGAUGAUGAAAAGGAAAAACUGCUAAAUUGUUUGAAAAAUACUCCCUUUGUUCCCUCUGUAGAUGGAAGUCUGAAGACCGCAUCCUCUUUUUAUGACCCCCGAAACAGUGUUUUUCGCAUCAUGCUUUCGGUAGAUUUGUUUCCGGCGAAGCCCUUCGACUCAGGAGAAUGGCUAACAUUUUUGAAAAGCGUAGGUCUCGUUUUCCGCGUGUCUAAAGAACGUUUUAGGGCAUUUGCCACAGAAGUUGCACGAGAAGCUGCAUCAGCUCCAAGUGAUGUCACGUUCAAGAAAUCGAGCGUUUUGGUCGAUCAUCUCAUGAACCGAAAAAACGUAAUUGCUGAAGGAUUGUUACAGGAUGUUUACGACAUCCCAUUUGUAGCCGGGGACCCUGUCAAAGAAAGCCUACAAGAAAUUUGCCUACCAUUUGGAGGCUACAUAGGUCGUCAGACACCAUAUUUUGCCUUCCAAGGAGCAGUUCCCGUCAGUCACUCGGAAAUAGUCUGGACUAAUGCACAUUUACUUCCAGGGUGGGCUAAUCCAAAGAAUCGUUCUUCUGAUCUUCGCAAUGCCUGUCCUCCAAAAGUCAACUUAAACAGUUACUGCAAUGCUUUUGUCUCCCAGCUUCAGAUUCAAAACGAGCCAACAGUGGACCUUGUGGUUGCUCACUGCCAAAAUAUAUGUUCGCAAGUUGGAAAAAACAGCGCAAAAACAAAUGCUUCAAAAGAACGAUGUUUAACUCUAACUGAAGUAAUGGAACGUAUCUACUUUUUCUUGCAAACCAACAACAUCGAGAACAGUGAUGCAAAGAAAGUUUUAGCGAAUACACCUUGCAUUUUGGUGGAAAGUGGAAAGAAGUUCAUUCUACCGCGUCAAGCAGUCCUUGAGCUUUAUGAGGACUUGCAGAUCAGGCCAUUUCUCUAUGGAAUUCCAAUGGAAUUCGGUAGAUUCCGUAGUCUGUUCCUGAAGCUUGGCUGCUCAAAAUCUGUCACUAUAGUCCACUAUGCCAUGGUGUUAGACUUGCUGCAUAACAAGUGCCACAGUUCGAAACUAGACCCGAAUGAAGUAAAAGUGUGUAUCAAGGCAGUCAAAGGAUUCUUUGAUAAGCUUCAGGAAGAUGAUGAAGAAGUGAAUGCCAUAUCUCAACUUUACUUACCUGGAAUUUCUCCGACACGCAAGGAGACGGACGGCAAUGCUAAUGUGGUGCCUCUCAAUUUGUACAAGUCUUCGGAGCUGAUUUUCAAUGAUGUCUCGCCCGGUAUCCGAGAUCGAUUGUAUAAUUUCCGACAGAAUCUCUUGCUCGACCCACGCCAGAUGAAUGUAUAUAGCGUUAAUGCCAGUACCAACUACAAAGAGCUUAUGAUGAAGUUACCAGAAUCUUUGCGGCCAAAAAUGCUAUCCUCUAUUGUCAAAGAAGAUAUCAGCUCGCCAAGUUUUGAAACUAUAUCGAGUACUGCUAUUACCCAACUUAAGCAGCAGCUUUCGUCACCACAGUUCUUUUAUGGCAUUGUGAGGUUAAUCCGAGACGAGAACUGUCGACUGAAGAGGAAUAUUGAUGACACCGUGUUUGAAAGUAUCAAGAAAAGGCUUUGCACUAUCGGGAUUUUUGCCGUAAAUAGCCUCAAGACAUCAAUUUUUUGCGACGGAAAUCCCAUCCCAGAGAGUGAAGCAGAAGUUCCAUACAUCGUGAAGAAGACUUUAGCCGCUGGUGAAGAAAUUUCAAAGGUAUACGUCAAUGUCGCGACAGGGACGGACACAUACACCAGGACAAUAUUGUUGGUCUCUCGCGUGGUCAAAGAAGUGUGUUUUGGACUUCUUGGAGAAAGUGCGUUGUUGAUUUCCCAUAUGUUAAGCUGUUCCCUAAACGACAUACAGUCCCUGCUCGAUACUAUGGGCGUACGACCAGAUGACUCUCUCCCUUUGGAAGAGGUAGAAAUUCUUCCUGAGCCUGGUAGCUUUAUUCCUCAAGAUGAACACCACCUAUUAAAUGACGACUUUGAAGAAUUUGAACCAGGCGAUUAUGUAGGAUUUGAGCUGCAUGACCCAAGUUUAGUUAGAGAAGGAGGAGAUGCCACCUACAUAUAUGCUAUAAUUAUCGAAGAAGUAACGAGUGAAUGUAACAGCCGCGUGAAAAGGCGUUACAGAGUCAACAUUGGAAAUGGCCAAGAAAAAAUUGUCGAUGCUACGGACCUGUACAAAUUCCACCGUUUGACCGAGUCAUCUUCAAAUGCGAUAGUCCUUCGUGAUAGGCCUAGGCAGCCCCCUAACUCAAGAAGCAGACAGAGAGUUUUCGAUGAGAUCUCAGACCUUCUAGAGGAAGCGUGGACUCUUCCAGAAGACAAAAGACGAAAAAUAGUCAAGCGGAUGUAUUUGCGGUGGCACCCUGAUAAAAACAUUGGCGAUGAGGAAUUCUGCAAAGAGGUAUGUCAGCACAUACAGGGCGAAGUUUCACGGUUGGAAAGAGGAGAGCCUCGAGGUAGCCCAAGCACAAGAUCUGAAGCUGGAAAUCAAGACGGGUCCUACGGUAGCUUCUUUAAUUCAUGGGCAGGUCGUGCAAGGGAACAUAACACGCAGCGCCGGGAAUACAGAGGAAGACCACGACAUCGUAAGAAUAAUCCUCAACCAGGGGAGGCCAGACGUUGGUUCAAACAAGCGGUUGCAGAUAUCCAGGCAGCAAGCAAUGACAUAAUCUACGAGAGACCUUCUUAUGAGUGGGCAUGCUUCAAAUGUCACCAGGCGGCAGAGAAGGCUUUGAAGGCGGCACAGUAUGCAAUAGAUACAGAUAGGACAAGGGUCCACAACCUUCUAGAGAAUUGCUGCGAUCUAAAUGACCCCGAGCUAUCAAAUCUAGCGAUGCAGUUAGAGUGUCUAGUUGGUGAUUCUACACGCAUGCGUUACCCAGACAGAAUGUGUUUUCCCCAGAUUCCAAAUGAGGUGUACUCUGCCGAGAUGGCCCAGCAGGCCUUGCAGCUAGCUAAGAAAAUUGUUGCACGCGUACAGAGCAGGAUAACCUAAGGGUCAAUCUGGUUAGGAUUCGAUGCAAGGAUAGAGAUCAAGCAUGGUUGUCUAAUGUGCCCGCAAUGUGACAACCAUCUCGUGCAUCUUCUAAAACUAGAAUUAUUUUGAUCAUGACCGUACAGCUUGUCUUUAUUUCUAACGCCCUCGAUCUAAAAACCUGUCUUUCCAAAGGCAGAUUUUUUAAAACUAAGUAUUGAAAUGUAUCUUGAUCUUCUUUAUCUGAGAUUAGAUCAGAUCAAAAUCAGUUUUUCUCAUGUCACUCUAGAGUACUAAAACGGUUACAGGUGUGUUCAGCGCUCAGUAAAAAACCUUCUACAGGAAAACCUGCAUGUAUCCUACGAAUACUUCAUUUUUAGUGAUAGCCACCUUUCAUUAUGAGUUAGAUUGAAGGAUCGAGUUUACUUUUUCUUAUUUCAAAAUCAAAUUUUUUCUUUUAAAAAUUGUCUAGCCUCGAAACUGUUAAUGCGCAUCUUUAGAGACGUUGGUGUCCGCAUCAUUUAUAUCAGUAGACUAAAAUAUAACUAUUGCAUGACGUAAAGUCUGUUAGAGAAACUACAACCAAUAAAGGGAUAUGCCUUAAAAGGUGGCGUAGAUUAAUUUGAAGACUAGUUAGUUCCCCAAUGGAUCGAUACUACCACAGUUUUACGUGCAUUCCCUUGAAAGAUUUCAUAAUUGCUCCAUGAUCUCUCAACAUGUUGGGAUCAUUUUUGUGACACAGGGCCUUUGCACCUCCAUAGCCUUUAAAAACACCCUAUUAUUGAAUUGCAGUCAGCAUAUCCAGUUUCAUCUUU